CGGGGUGCGGGCCGCUCGCAGCCCCGCUUUCGCCUCCUCCGAGCCGGGCCGGCGUGGGCCGGGGCUGUGAGGCGAGGCCGGGUCCCACCGCAGCGCGCGGCCUCUCGGGGUCCCGGCGGGUUCCCACGGCUCCUCCUACCUGAGGGGCGCGAAUUUACGGCGGCCUCGCGCCUCGGAGCGGUGAUCUCACGGCGGUCAUCUUAGACCCCAGGGGGACCCGCCGCCGUCGGGGACCCAGCAGAAGAAUAGAAGGAAUAUGAUAAUGAUGUGAUGAUAGAAUUUGUGAUAGCCAGGCAACAACUUCUGAUUCAGCAUGUUAAAACAUAAGGGUCACUCAUCUAAGAAAAAUAACUUGGCAAUCAAUGCAGUUGCUUUACAAGAUCACAUUUUACAUGAUCUUCAACUUCGAAAUCUUUCAGUUGCAGAUCAUUCUAAGAUACAAGUACAAAAGAAAGAGAACAAAUCUCUAAAAAGAGACGCAAAGGCAGUAAUAGAUACUGGACUUAAAAAAACGACGCAGUGCCCCAAACCAGAAGAUUCAGAAAAAGAAUAUGUUCUUGAUCCCAAACCGCCACCAUUGACUUUGGCACAGAAGUUGGGCCUCAUUGGGCCUCCACCACCUCCGCUGUCAUCAGAGGAGUGGGAGAAGGUGAAACAGCGGUCCCUCCUGCAAGGGGACUCCGUGCAGCCGUGCCCCAUCUGUAAAGAAGAUUUUGAGCUUCGUCCACAGGUGCUGCUUUCAUGUUCCCAUGUGUUCCACAGAGCAUGUCUUCGGGCUUUUGAAAACUUCACAAAUAAGAAAACCUGUCCUCUCUGUAGAAAGAACCAGUAUCAAACCCGAGUGAUACAUGAUGGGGCCCGCCUGUUCAGGAUAAAGUGUGCGACCAGAAUCCAAGCCUGCUGGAGAGGAUACGUUGUUAGAAAGUGGUACCAAAACCUGAGGAAAACAGUACCUCCCACAGAUGCCAAGUUAAGAAAAAAAUUCUUUGAAAAAAAGUUCACAGAAAUCAGUCACCGCAUCCUGUGCUCAUACAACACCAACAUCGAAGAGCUCUUUGCAGAAAUCGAUCACUGCUUGGCGGUAAAUCGAAGUGUUCUCCAGCAGUUGGAAGAAAAAUGUAGCCAUGAGAUCACAGAAGAGGAAUGGGGAAAAAUCCAAGAACAGGCUCUGCGCCGGGAGGCCCGUGACUGCUCCAUCUGCCUGGCCCCUCUGUCCCCUGGCGGCAGUCAGCGCGGGGGCACAGGCCAGCGUUCCCGACAGACAGCCCUCCUGUCCUGCUCACACGUGUUCCACCACGCCUGUCUGCUCGCGCUGGAGGAGUUCUCCGUGGGAGACGGGCCCCCUUUCCAUGCCUGUCCUCUCUGCCGCUCCUGCUACCAGAAGAAAAUUCUUGAAUGUUGAAUUCAUAUUCAGGGAGAGCAAGAGAAUGCUGGGGACAAGAGUUUACCGCAAUUGUGGCUGAACUGCACGGUUCUGUCUGAAGUUCUACAAUGUCAUCUGUUCCCCAGAGAAGUAAGCCAUUGGGAGUUGCAGGAAAUCUAAGUAUAUUUUAAAAGCUGACAGCCCAUCUAAUUUUAGUCUUUUGUCUCUAAAAAGUAAAUUUCAAAUUCAUGAGUUUAGUCACUUGAAAUAAAUGAAUGGCGCAAAAAUGGGCUUGCUUUUAAAAAUGGAGGUUAAGAUAUAACUAGUGUCUGAGAAGCUAGUGAACUAAAAACGCUGCUUAAGUUCCAGAUGUUUCCAUUAAUAUUUUAAGGAUCUUAAAGCCUGUCAUUCCUAAUAUUUGUUUUGUAAUAAUUGCCGUAUUUGUGUAGUAAAAUAUAAAAAU